AUGCCACUGCCACAACCAGUGAGCACAACUUCUUAUCGUAAACACCUCUAUGGAUUGGUCAGUACCUGCAAUGCACUCCCUGAACCUCAGAACAAGAUUGCUAUGGAUAAGCUCUUGGAGGAAGAAUUCAUUGGCACUGUCUUAUGGGAAGAAAAAUUACUCCCCAAAGAUGCCAAGUCUGUUAUGGAUACCCUUAUCUUACAGACUAAUUUCACUCCAGCAUCUCUCAACAAAAUUUACUAUUUCAAGUCUGGGCCAGGAGGGAAGAGGGUUAAGAGUGGGUCUAUCUUUCAACCUGCUGUGCGCCGUGGCACAAAUGCAGAAUGGCUGUUUGAUAACAGGAAUGUCCAGCCAAGAUUGUUGGUAGACUCCAGAAAACAGAAGAAGAAGGUGCAGAUGAGCAUGGUGUCGGCCAUGUUGACUGAUACAGAAGUGGAGAUAUUGGAUUCGUCUUUCACAAUGCCUGAUACCAACAAGAGCUUCAGUGCCAAAGGAUAUGAUGACAAGCACCCCAGCAAGAAGCAGCCUCAGGCAUCGGUGAUGACAGAGGGCAAGUGGACCCUCCUCUUCAAUGUUGUGCAAGCUGCCAUGCAUGUGAUGUACAAGAAAAUUUUCCCCAAUCCCUCUGCUGCAUUCCCCUUUGGUGCCAUGAACGUUAUUGGUGGCCCGCCAAAGUGUAUUUGGUCCUCCCAAUUCUGUAAUACUCCCAUCCUGGACGACACCAAUGUACAGAAGCCAGAUGUUAUUCUGGUGGAUUGCAAUCUACACAACCUCUCAUUGCGAUGGUCCAAUAUUAUCACAUGCAUGGAGUACACAGAAAGCGAACUUGACUCUUCCAUACCUUUGUAUUAUGGUAGCAGCACUAAAGGGUACCUGUUGAUGCAAGAACAACCUUGGCGCCAGUUCAUCUUGAUCUUUACUAUCACCAAUAACCUGCUUCACCUUCACUACUUUGACCACUCAGGUCUGAUCAUUUCACACCCCAUCAAUAUCCUCAAAAAUCCUGUGCAUCUUCUCAAGGUUUUAAACACCUUAACACUCGCACACACCAACAACCUCGGGUACAAUCCCACGAUGCAUAUGUGUGAUCCUGCCUACAAGGGCUUGCAUGCCAAUCUGUGGGAGAACACCAUAGGCUGGAUAGAAAACCAUGAUAAAUCCCAUCUAUCAAUCAUGAGCAUGCUUUGGCAAAGCCAAGGUUUCUUUUCUUGUGGCACAAUUUGUUAUCACGUUCAGACCUCAGAUGGGAUGGAGUAUGUACUCAAAGACUGUUGGGUCGCUGAGGACAAGAAAAACCACAAGGUGACCAUUCUCAAGAUGGUUGAAGGAAUCCUGAAUGUAGUCAAGCUCAUGGCCCAUUGGGAUGUCCUCUACAAUGGGGUGCCAGACUGCAUAUUCCACUGGUGCCUUCUGUUGACCCCCUGCAGAGAACCACUUGUGUUCUACUCCUUGAAGCUUGAGCUGUUGAGAGCCUUCCAUGACUUUGUCUUGGCUCAUAGUUUAAUGCUCGCAAGUCACGUCCUCCACAGAGACUUGAGUCCAAAUAAUUUUAUCAUCCAUGAUGGACAAGAAGGUGCCAUUAGUGUUCCUUCAGAGGGCAUGGGUACUAGGCCCUAUAUGUCAAUUUGUCUUCUCCAGGAGGGUAUUGCAAAGGGUGCAAUGAUCCAACACACAGCAAGUGAUGACCUGGAGUCAUUGUUUUUUAUCUUUGUUGAAUUUGCAACCACCUUCAAUGGGCCACACUAUCCUGCAUGA